UACACCCGGGUCAAACAGCUCCAGCUACCCUAGUGAACCGUGCCGGGCAAACUAUCCUAGUCCAGCCCGAAUGAGAUGGAGGGGCUUCGGUUCCGGCGGGUGCAGAGACCGCGGGUCAUCACCGACGAGCUGCCGGAGCACCGCUACAAGUCAUCGAGCACCUACAGCGGGAGGGUUUUCCAGGUGACUCUGCUCUCUCUGGGUGGGUUUCUGCUGCUUCCUCUCCUGGUCAUCAUCCUGAUCCUGGAGUCUCCCAUCCAUCCUGAUGUAUUCAUUUUAAAAGAACCUCCGGUGAUGAAGGGCUGCUGGGAGCCGAACCUGAAGCUCAGAGAGGCGACGAGAUUGUUUGAAGACCAGCUCAUCGGACCAGAAUCCAUCGCCAACAUCGGAGAUGUUCUCUACACUGGAACUGCUGACGGGAAAAUUGUGAAGCUGAUUGGUCGAAGAAUUCACACAGUGGCGAGACUUGGAAAACUUCCCUGUGGGUCCAGGGAGGAGGAGUCCAGCUGUGGAAGGCCUUUGGGGAUCAGGAUCGGACCCAACGGGACCCUGUUUGUAGCGGACGCUUACUUGGGCCUGUUCGAGGUCAACCCCACCACAGGUGAGUCUACCAGGUUGGUGAAGGGCGGUGAGGAGGUCGCUGGCAGGAAGUUGUCAUUCAUCAAUGACCUGGCGGUGACGCAGGACGGGAAGAAGGUGUUUUUUACCGACUCUAGCAGCAGGUGGCAGCGCAGGGACUACAUGAACCUGAUUAUGGAGGCGACUGCUGACGGACGAGUGUUGGAGUUCGACACUGAGACCAAAGAGCUGACGGUGGUGAUGGAGAACCUCCGCUUCCCUAAUGGGAUCCAGCUGCUGCCUGAUGAGGAGUCUGUGCUGGUGGCAGAGACCACGAUGGCCCGAAUACGCAGAGUCCAUGUAGCCGGUCUAAACAAAGGUGGGAUGGACACGUUCAUAGACAACCUGCCCGGUUUCCCCGACAACAUCCGGCCAAGCUCAAACGGAGGUUACUGGGUGGCCAUGUCUGCAGUACGACCCAAUCCCGGCUUCUCCAUGCUGGACUUCCUGUCCCAGAGACCCUGGAUCAAGAAAUUCAUCUUUAAGCUCUUCAGUCAGGACGUCCUGAUGAAGUUUGUCCCUCGGUACAGCCUGGUUGCAGAGCUCCACGAUGGUGGCAUCUGCACACGGAGCUUCCACGACCCCAACGGCCUGGUGGCAGCUUACGUCAGUGAGGUACAUGAGCAUGAUGGGAGUCUGUACUUGGGCUCCUUCCGCUCGCCAUACAUCGCUAAACUUGACCUCAGUAAGGUCUAGAAGAACAACCGAUGAAUGAACCAUCAGACGGACAGACGGACGUUUGUGAGUCAUGGGCAUGUCUGAAGAAAAAGACCUUGAUAUUUAACUGAUUUUAUUAAACAGGAUGUGAAAUAAAUCCAUCAGACACAGAGGGCGAGGGAGGUUUCACAAUAGAGUUCAUUCUCCCCAGAGGAUAAAUCGAAGGAGAACCUGCUGAGGUAAACUGCUUGAUAGUGUUUUCAUGUUCAUUUUUGAGGCCGAGGUCAGACUGCCCGUUAUCACCAUCCUGAUCUAGCAGUCUUGGAAUUUCAGGACCUGUUCCCAAAACCUGUUCCCUCUCAACUUCCAGACAGGAAGUCUAGCAUGUUGGAUUUUUCUUUUUGCCUUCUACGAUCUGUUUCAUCUUAUCACAGGCAUCAGCCAAUGAGAGCACAGAGCGCUCUGCACGUGUAAGCAAACCAAAAAUUUAGCAAGGAAACAUUAGUACAACAUCCCUGCUUUUAUGAUGCAUCUUAAAGGGGUGACCAUGAUAGACAGGAAAUAGAGAAAUGUUAGCGAGAAUUAGCAGACGCCCUUCAGGAACCUCAGAACGCAUCGAUGUUCUCAGUGAUCGUCAGAUGAACACUUUGUCCCUCUGAGAAUAGAAGGGACGUUUUCUUUAGUUCUGGUGAAGCCUGACGUUAGCUUUGAAAAUUGUGUUUCAUCAGCUCAUAGAUUUUUUGACGAACCAACCAAUAAAACAGGUAGAGGGUGGACCAAUCAUGUUAACGCUGCCUGUUGUUGCUGUGCUGCUCUUUGAUCUCACUGAGAGAAUCCCAACAUUCUAUCACAUACACACACGGUAAAAGUCUGAGAGCCAAAGAUCAUCAUCAAACUUUUACAGUAAUUGUCAAAAAUCAUUCAAAGAUAGCAAAAAAGUGAAUCCAGCGUAAAUAACUGGAUUAUUUGUCUUCUUUUUAAACCCAAAAUGAAGUCUGUAGGAGGAACUAAGUUGGAGUUAUAGGGCUUGGAAGUGGACUUAGAUGAUGAGUGUGAAUGUGACAGAAUGUUGGGACAUUUGCUUUGAUCUCACUAAGGCUGACCACACACCACUAGCAAAUGUCUCCUGGAGAACAGCACAGCAACAAGUUUCAUACGUAUACAGAGAAAAGUCAGAGAUUGGUACUUUAUCCAAACCUGAAUGACAGGAGAAUUAGAGAUCAAGCAGACAUUUAGACCACAAACAGAAAAGUUUUGAAACAAUAAUGACUCCAUAUAAUCACCUAAUCUGACACACUGACCAUCAUAAUACUAAAAGGAUCUGAUCUCGGCUUUAAAACUUGUUCCUUUCUUUUAACCCCCACCCCAGCUUCUACAGUCACAUGUCGACAUAUCCUUGGGGAAUGACUCUCCCUCCGGAACUGCUCCCUCUGCUGCAUCAGUGUUUUAUUAAAAGGACGUGUUGAGACUGAUGGUCUCUUUACAUAGCAGCUUUCACCAUCAGUAUGUGACUGUGGAGUAGUCACGUGACUCAAAACCUGCUUUCCAAGCUCAUCUCCAUCGACAAAUUUUAACUGCUGUGUUUCAAACAUCUCUACUUUUUGGUAUUAACGUCUCUGCUGCAGCGCGUGGAGACCGCUAGUGAUUGAUGAGAUCAAACGGGGCUGCUAACUACUGUUUCUGAUCUGUGAGUCAGUAUUAUCCACCUUAUGGUGGUUCUCUAAUCUAGAUAUGAUUACGGAUGGAAUUUCUGCUGAUAUAGACACUAAGAAAUAUGUUCAACCCAAGAGCUAACCUUGGGGAUUUACUACCAACAGCAGUUGUUUUGAAAGGAAUGAAUCCUACAUUUAGUAAGAACCACGGCAACCAGCUAAAUGUUUAAAUAAGUUUAACCUCUGGUCUUUGCCAGCUGUGGUGUUUAAAGUAUUCUGUUUGCUGCUGACUGCAUCAGGGAUGGGAUUCUUCAUAAUACGGGAUUUUAGAUUCACCAAUCUUGAUCACUCGGCCACUAUUCCACUUGGUUUUGGGGAAAAAUCCCCCAACAUCCCCAGCUUCACCAACAUUCCACCCUUGCCUUUGAAGAUGAUGUCAUUAAAGCUUUCAAAGUAUUCCAUCCAUACCUUUGAGGAUCUUUAAAAGUUGUUCUUGGUCCUUCUGGAUGAGUCAUUGAUGAGUCUUGGAGUCAUUUUGGUAGGCCCCACUGUUCACAGUUUUCCCUAUUUGUGGACAGUGGCUCUCAGUGUGGAUCUCUGGAGUCCCAAAGCCUUAGAACUGUCUUUGUAACCCUAUCCAGACUGAGGGAUGUCAAUGACUGUGUUUCUCAUCUGUUCUUGAAUUUCUGUCAAUGGUGCCAUGAUGUGUUGCUUUCCUAUUAAUAUGUCAGUAACAGUUAUCUGUGGUCGUUUCUUUUAUUUUCCUCUCAACAGUAGAAAGCAGAAGAGUAAAAAUAUCCUUUUUAAAGUGUAACAGAUCACUUUCUAACUUUACAAUGUCUGAAUCGCUGUUAUGUUUAGGAUUUGCAUUUUGUCAUUAUGGAAAAUACCACUUUGAUUGGUGGCACUGAAAGUCACACCAGAGUUGAAGCAAAGCAUCAUGGGAGCUAGGAAUAAGAUGGACAGCCCUUUACCAUAAUUAGAACAUGACAUAUGACCAGUAUUAGAAUGUUUUCUCUUUCUUUGUUCUUUGCCAUUUCCACCAACUUUUCCAAAUGUUGCCAACAUGAUGUAUUUAUGAAAUUUUUACUGUGUGCAGAGUUUAUAUUUUUUUUCAUAACGAACAACAACCGUUAUUCAUUUUCAUGUGUUUGUCUUUUUUUGUGUUUGUUUUGUUUUUUUUUAAUAUGACUUAAGCUUAAGCUGGCUUGAACCAACUGCCACUUGUAAAAAGGCAACAACAAACAAACAAUGACCACAACUUUGAUUUUUCAUCUUCAAACUGUGAAGUUAAUCAGUUUAGAGAGACAGUGAUUUUUACCUUCACAUAAACAUAAUAAACCCCAGCAAAUGUAAUAGUUAUUAAAGCUGCUGUUACAUUUGUGGGAUUAUUACAUUUAAAGGUGCAGAUCUGUGGGCAGUUAAUAUGUUUGCAGGUGUUAGACACAGCUUUCUUUAACUUAUGUUUUUUUUCAUCAACAUAUCGAGCAAACCGAUCAAAUCACACCCUGUCACUUUAGAAAAUAUACUGUACAUCCAUACCUGUUCAAACCUGAUAUAUGAUCCAGGCCUAGAUUGGAUGACCUGUGUGUUAUUAUCAUUCCAUUAAAAAAGUUCCCUUUGGUUUAGAAAGAGGCCCCUGUCUGGAUCAAACCUGCUGUGAUUAGAUGAAUUCAUCUGUUUUAUGUGAAAGUGGGGGCCUGAGUUUGUGACGAAACUGUCAGUCCUUGUAGAGAUUUAGAUUUCCCUCUCUUCUGUGUGUUGCUUUGACGUUUUCUAUUGUUUAUUUUUUGUGAACUUGGUGCCAAAUUUGAUUUCUGAUGUUGAUUUUGUUGAUUUGCACUGAAAGUUUAGAACUUCACAUUUCUAUAAGUGUUAGCACAGAUCUGCUGAGAGAAAAGAACAUUUACUGCAGUUUUAUAUCUUUCUCUUCCUUUAUUUUUUCUCCCUCAGUAUGUGAAAACGGAUUGCACUUGUUCCUUAAUUUAAAUCUUUUUUGCAGCUUU